CAUCCGUUAGUAAACAUGAUUUAAUCUAUUUUGUCAAAAUUUACAGCAAGGUCCUCCAUGUUGUCAACAGGAAAUAUUGAUUUUGUCAUAAUUUUGUAGCAUAUUCAUUCAAGUGCCAGUAACGAUAGGAACUGCUUGAAUGCAAACUGUACAGCCCGAAAGCAGCAUGGAAGAUGGCGCGAAAUUUGCCUGGCAGCGGUGAGAUCGUUCGGAUCUGCGAGAUUUUUCAAAGGGGUGCCGAGGAGUUUGACGGUCGAGCCGUGCGGGUGAUGGGGAAACUGGAGACCCACGACAUUGUUGACUGCACUGCAGAGUUGUCCAAUGUUGAGCGGGCCCAGAAGAGCAGUCCACACCAGGAGCUAGCCGUCAACACAAGACUUAUUGAACCGUUUCAAGCAAGACUUGGUUCCAUCUUCCAGAUGGUUGGAGAGGUGGAGUUUACAGCACAUGGACCUCUUCUGCACGCUCGAGUCGUAAAAUGUGUGGAUGGGAUAGACACUGCAGUGUACUAUAGAGUAUUAGAUAUGCAAAGACAUUAUUUAAAAGGAAGAUUGGCCCUCCAAGUAUGAAUUGACACCAGGUGUGAAAACAGAUCACAUUUUGUACAACUAAGAACUGUGAUUGAAUCAGAGUAUAUAAGAUAGAUGAGAAGAUUAGCAGUUCCACACAUGUUUAUAAGGAACUAACGUUUAUGUUAUAACGUUAUGUGUGCUUUCAAGAAGUCUUGAAGUUGAACAGAUGAACAUUGCAUUUCUCACUUCUCUUCAUCUUUUUUUCAAUCAUUGCUUUUAUCACUUAUAUUACUGCUAGACAGCUUAUGCAUUCAGUCAGGUUGGUUUGUGGGUGGAUGAGUGGGUGGGUGGAUAGCGUAACUCAGAAAAGAGCUGGACUGAUUUUUAUAAUUGGGGUAACUGCAUUGGAUCCGAUGCCUCUGAUAAACGCAUCCAAUGCAAUAACGACAUCCAAUGCAAUAUAUCCCAGUUUCGUGGCAGUAAAACUGGAUUUUUAAAGUCAAUUUCCUGGUCAUUGUAGUAGAUUGAAUCAUGGAGGUAAAAAUCAAUCACCUCCAUGAUUUUUACCUCCAUGACAUGGUUUAAUCAAUCAUAUGAUUCAUAUCCCAUAGCAUACUGAUAUGUGUGAGGUAAAAAUGCGAUGUCACUGAUGGAAAACGGCUGAUUAUUAAAAUUUAUUUUAUAUCGUAGGCUGGUUUUAGCUGUU